AUGGCAGGCUUAUCUAUUAAUACCUCGAAUUUCGCAACAAAAUCAAUGACAUUCUGCUUUUAUGUCUCUGGCCAUGGAUGGGGUCACGCAACUCGUGCUAACCAAGUCAUUAUGGAUAUCCUUAAAUUGCCAGCUCAUCACAAAGUAUAUGUUAUCUCUACAGCCACAGAUUUCAUCUUUCAAGGCGUCAUAGAAGUAGGAGCUUUCUAUCGACAUGCAGAUAUCGAUGCUGGGGUUGUUCAGCCACUCCCUUACACAGUAGAUCGUGACCAGACUAUCAGAAACUUGAAGGCAUUCUUAUCAAGACGAUCCAACACUCUGGAGAACGAGAUCAAAUGGCUCAAGCAAGUCAAUGCAGAUUGUGUUAUAUGCGAUGCUCCGUUUUUGCCAUGUGCUGCUGCUCAACAAGUCGGUAUACCAGCUGUCAUUUCCAGCAAUUUUACAUUUGACGAAGUCUAUUAUGGGCUAUGCGAAGGGGAUGAAUUGGAUCAGGAUAUACACAGAAUGGUGCAACAAGUGAUAGCGGAUUACCGUAAUGCAGAUUUAUUGAUUCGAUUACCAGGCGCUAUCCGUAUUCCAUCUUUUGACGAUGCCAUGGGGCUUGUACCUCACACACCCUUCAAUACCAAAUUUCCCGAGACCCACCAGCGCAAAGGUGUAGCUAAUGGUAAAACGCAAUUGCCUUGUACCAGUGUCUCAAACGUUCAACACACGCAUCAAAAUUCCCCAUUCCUACGUCGGAUUAUUGAUGUUCCCCUUGUUUUCCGUAAAUACAAGCAGUCUCGAGAGGAAACGUUGGAUCAAGUAGGUAUACCCAAGGACGUCUACAACACGCAUAAAAUCCUCCUGCUUUCAUUUGGCGGCCAGUUGCUAGGCAACGAUGGUGGUUUGAAAGGCAGUCCAUUACCACCUGGGUGGAUUUGUAUUGUGUGUGCUGCUCCAGAUUCGGUGGAGAUGCCAGCAGGAUUCUUCAGAGCUGCCAAGGAUGCUUAUGUACCUGAUUUGACACAUGCGUGUGAUGUUCUCUUGGGUAAAUUGGGGUAUGGUACUUGCUCUGAAUGCAUUGGUCAUAGCACUCCGUUUGUUUAUGUACCAAGACCUCAGUUUAUAGAAGAACAUGGGCUGCUAAAGCUAAUGUCAGACCAAGGCAGUGCUGUCGAGCUAUCCCGUCAAGAUUUUGAAGCAGGAAACUGGGCUCCUGCUAUCGAAGAAGCCUCUCGAAUGACAGGCACAUGCAAGGAUGCGCAACUGCGAGUACCGCACAAUGGAGGCGAAAUCGCAGCUCAGAGCAUAGAGAGAUUUGUGAUUGAAUGGAACCAAUUCUAUAGUAAACAACAGCUCAAGCUAUCUCCUGCUACCAUCAGUACGGCUGGCAAGCUUACUGUUCAUUCAGCAACAUCAGCAACCACACCACAGCCUAAUUCCAUUUUUGUUAGCGUAGACAGAUAA